CACGCUGCACAUGUGCCCAGCUGACUCCUGCAGCCUGUAGUUCCCUGGACCCCGUGUGACUACGCCUGCUCCUCCAGCCAUGCCAUCCUGUGCAGUUUAGAGAGAACCCUUCUGCUUCUUGCUCUUGUUGACCAGGUUACACAUUUCUUCAAUGGCUGAGGAGGUUUUAAUUCCAACGUCCAGGAGAAUCUCAUCGCAACUGACCGGCUCCCUGUUGGCGGUAGCGUUCCUCUCAUCCUUCGGGAGCUCCAUGCUUUAUGGCUACAAUCUGGCUGUGGUCAACUCUCCCUCUGCAUACAUAAAGGACUUCUACAACCAGACGGUGCUGAGUCGAAAUGGAACCGGACUCACCGAAGAGACGCUCACAGUCAUGUACUCGCUCACAGUGUCUGUGUUUGCUGUUGGAGGCAUGCUGGGAUCCGUCAUCGUGGGUAUGCUCGUCAGCCGCUUUGGCAGAAAAGGCACCAUCGUAAACACAACAGGGCUGGUGUUUGUUGGUGGCAUACUCAUGGGCUUCAGCAGGACUUGUGGUUCACCUGAGAUGGUCAUUAUCGGCCGCUUCAUCACAGGGAUUCACUCAGGUAUCUCUCUGAGCGUAGUACCAAUGUACCUGGGUGAGAUAGCGCCGAAGAACCUACGAGGUUUUCUGGGUCUUGUGCCAAGUAUCUUUAUUGGCACCGGAGUCUUCCUCGCCCAGGUCCUUGGCCUAAAUGAGCUUCUAGGAAAGGAGGAGCACUGGCCCUUCUUUCUCUCAGUCAUAGUGAUACCCACCUUUAUCCAGUUAUUGGCGCUGCCAUGGUUCCCAGAGAGCCCCAGAUACCUGCUGAUUGAAAAGCACAACGUCCACGCCACCAUCACAGCCCUGAAGUAUUACAGAGCCAAGUGUAACAUCCAGGCUGAGAUCGAGGAGAUGCAGGAGGAGCAGCGCUCCCUGUCCUCAGUGGAGAUGCUCUCAGUCUGGAAGCUGUUGGGGGAUGACCGAGUCAGGAAGCAGGUUCUCUGUGUGGUGGUCAUCAACAUCGGCAUGCAGCUGUCCGGCAUCGAUGCAAUCUGGUUUUAUACCAAUAACAUCUUUGAGGACGCAGGUAUCCCAGAGGCAGAGAUCCAGUACACCACAGCAGGAACAGGAAUCAUAGAGAUCAUCGCUGGACUCAUCGGGUGCUUCACCAUAGAGAGGCUGGGAAGGAGGCCCCUCAUGAUAUUUGGUUUCACCAUGAUGGGCAUCUGCAGCGCUGGAAUCACAUUAUCCCUGAUUUUACAGGGUCACUUACCUAUGAUGCACUAUGUCAGUAUCGGCUGUGUGAUUGGCAUCAUCGCCGGCUUCUGUAUUGGUCCAGCUGGAGUCCCCUUCUUGAUCACAGCAGAGCUCUUCAAACAGUCCCACCGCCCGGCGGCCUACAUCGUCGGCGGAUCCCUGAACUGGCUGUCUAACUUCACAGUGGGCUUCGUCUUCCCCUUCUUACAGAUGUCAGCAGGGCCGUACUGCUACUUGGUGUUUUCGGCCAUUUGUUUCUCUGUGGCCAUCUAUGUCUACUUCUUCAUCCCAGAGACAAAAAACAAGACGUUCAUGGAGAUCAGCCGCAUGUUCUCCAAGAAGGAAGCAGUGCUGGAGUCGCAGGGCCUGAUCCACGUGGACCAGCUGAAGCUGAAGAAGAUGAACGGCUACGGGGGCACGGAGUUCGACAGCUCGUCUUCUGUACCUUAAGUGGGCUUCAUCAUCUCUCUGAGACUUCACAACCUUUUAUUACGUCCUCUUUUCUAGUCCACGACUUCAACAUGUACACAAAAACCAAACAGCACCUCACCUGGGGCCAGGUGCAUAAAACCCUGGGUCAAAGUCACAGAAGGAUUCUGCAGCCCGAGCCCUGCCCCUUCUUAUGCAAAUGAGCCUCCAAAACAGAAGAGUCCAAAUUCACAAACUUCAGCGUGAAUAGCCACAGGCCUAAAAAGCUAGUAGGAACUAAUGCACGGUAUUCAGAGAGGGUGUCAUGCUCAAGAUUUCUGUGAUCACAAUUGAUUCGACCUAAACACAGUCUCUAAUAAAUCCUGAUCAUUAAUUUAGUGUCUAAAUGAGUCCGGAGCUACUGUAUCUGGAGCCAGACCUGCUGCAUCAGAUGUGCAGAGACAGCAUCGAGCUGUUGGGCAGGACAGAGAUCCUGGGUUUGUUCAGGUAGACUCUAUAGAGUCUGGGAUUUACAUCAAACUGGUAAACAGAGUCUUAAGAUGCCCUGAAAGUCAGAACACAAUCACACUUCAUGAAACAGAAGGUGUUGGACCACAUUUCUUGUUUGUGUACUGACGUAACCUCCUGACGGCCAAAUUCCACCAGAUCCAUGUCCAGUCCGUCUCCGAUCCGUUAC